GACUGAAGAUAAUCACAUAAACCAUUUCAAUGUCGAACCCAAGUGAGCUAAAAUCUGCGGCGAUACUGGAGCUGAUGAAGCAACAUCUCGCCACCGACGCCGGUAAAGAACUCACCAAGAAGAUCGGCCUCGUCUAUCAGAUCAACAUCGCUCCCAAGAAACUUGGAAUCGACGAGGAGAGUUACGUCGUCGACCUCAAGAAAGGAGAUGUUACUAAAGGUACCUACGAAGGCAAGUCUGAUGCUACUUUUUCAUUCAAGGAUGAUGAUUUUGUUAAGGUUUCCACUGGGAAGAUGAAUCCUCAAAUGGCUUUCAUGAGGGGUGCCAUGAGGAUUAAGGGUAGCCUGAGCGCCGCCCAGAAGUUCACUCCCGACAUUUUCCCAAAGCCGUCCAAGCUGUGAGCCGAUUACCCCAUCUGCUCUCUUCUUUGUUUGGAUCCUUCAAACAUUACUCGUAGAGUAAAUUUUUUCUCAUUGUAUUCUGGAAUUGAAAUGGGCUGAAAUCAGUAUUACAAUUUCACGAUGAAUGCCCCCAUCUCUUAAUAUAUGCAAUUUGGUUUAGUUGAGGAAAGAUGAAUCAAUAAAAAAUUAGGUCAUCGCCUUGAUUUAUGGUCACUUUAACAAU